AUGUCAGAGAAAACAAACAGCUCCGAACCGAAACUGAAACCAGUUCUGGAAGAGAAUUACGAGUUGUUAAAAAGGCAUCACAUAGCCGAGGGGAUGGAUGCGACUGCCUGCACGUCGGAGAUGAAACGGAGGAACAUCAACAGCAAGAGCUGCAAGGAGAAACACACGUUCGUCGUUGAUAAAGAGGAAAAGGUCGUGGCCGUGUUAAGGGAUAAGGGGGAAUAUAUGAGUGAGAAUCAUUUGACCAGGAGUGAAGAAGAUUUCGAAAUUGUUAUUUGUAAACACAUGAAAAAAGCCAGAAAAGGUUCAUGUCAGUACACAGGACAGAAGCGCACCGCAAGAAUUGUGAUGAAAUGCAAAACCUUACCUGUCCACUAUGAGAAAGACUUUGAGACAUUUGAAGGAUAA